ACACAAAAAAAACUUGAACCACACACACAUCACCCACUCCUCUUUGCCCACCCAUCUCACCUUCUCCCCGGUUGCUCAAAAAAAAAAUCCCCUUUCCCCACACGCCGCCGCGGCUUGCUCUGCCCGCCCUCUCCGCCGCCGUCUCUCUGCCAGCCCCAGCCCCAGCCCCCGCCUUGCUCCCUCUCCGCGCUCUCCACCCCUGACGACCAGCGCGGCCGCUCGUGUCGACCGCGUUGUCGCUCCCCCCUCACCUAGCACUGCCGCCGCUCCGGUGGGGGAAGGUCCAGGCCGGCGUGGCGGCGCGUCACGGAGCCACCCCCAAACGCCCUGCAGCUUGCAGCUAGCCACCACCUGUGUCGGAGCGUUGGAUGCCUGAAAGAACAGGACAUGGCUGAUUUUACGGAGCGGCAUUGUUCCACUGAAUGUGUUAAGAUUUGCGAGGCACUGAACUGAAAGGCCUAGUCGGUCGUGGACCAGAACCUGUUCCUGCCGUGAUUGUCGGUCUCAUAGAGAAGAAGUGUGCGGAGAAAUGUUUGAAUCUGAUCAUUUCAUCCUCAUACUGAACACUUUUAAUUUCCGCCAUGAAUUUGCUAUUUCCUACCAGAAAGAUAAUUUCCUUUUCUUCUUGGCUUUUGCAGGCUCCGUAAUUUUGGGAAAAAUAAAUUUAGUGACCCAAGUGUGCUGCUUUCUAUUCUGACCAAUUUGGGAGGGGAAUGUCACAUUGGAUGCCUGAAGGAACAGGGAUGUACAUGUACUGCUACUGCGCCGUAUUGACUGUGGGGUAAGCUUUUUUUCUUCCUCACUCCGCCUGGCUUGAGAUCGACCAUGUAUGUAGGUACCAUCAUAUGUUCUAGCAUAAAUGAUCUGGGGUGGCCUCGGCGAGAGACGCCAAUAAUCCCAUCGCUAGGUGCUGGGAUCCAGGGGGCACCGUCAAGGAGCAAAGUCCUAAGAUCGACCACUCUGAGUUUUGCGCACCCCAUGGCCCCCUCCGGCCCAGUCUCCAUUGACCAUAGGGUUAGAUCGGCUGUCUUGCGCCGCCAUGAGACACCCCUUGCCCGCGACCGGCUUCUUCAACACUGACAAGCGGAGCGCGCCAAGUUGGCACUCCACGAUCCCACCAACGUCGAAGUAGAGUGCAUCGCCCACAAGGACGCUAAGGCGCGGCCAAGCUAAAAGGGCACUUGUCAUCGUGGUGAUGAAGAGAGGCGAGCUCGGUCCACGCGCGAGUCUCCGACAAUUACAUCCAUACGGAAGUCACUGUUCCCGGCAGAAUGGUGGACACGGCGACCAGAUGGAAAUGGCCCUCCUUGGCAACCGUGGUGGUCACAGCCUGGCGCGGCACAGAGCACCGCCGCGUUGAAGCUGACCUGCAUGUUGGACAAGUGGUGGAGUCUGAAGGAAAUAGAGUUGAGUCUUCAGUUAUUCCCCCUGUUCCCCAAUUCUCCCUCCGCCUCCAAAUUCCCGGCCUGAAGGAAACAGGGGCAACGGCAACGGCAACCAACCACAGCAAGAGCAGCACCGCCUCCAAAUUCCGGGCCUUCAAAUACCCCUCUCCCUCCCUCUCCGCCGCCCAAACCCAACUCCAAAAAUCUCCCAACAUCACAUCAGAGGGAUCGAUCAAAAAAGAAAGAUCGAUCAAGAAGGGAAGAAGAUGGCCUCAAUCGGCAACGGCAAGCCCGAUGCCCAGGGCCAGGAGCGCCAGGCGGCGAGGCUCCUGCCGCCGGCCGAGGUGCCGCCUCCGCACACGGACGCGGGCCUCGUGGUGCUGUUCGACCUCCUACGACGACGGGUCGACGGAUUCCCCACCUGGAUGCUCCCCGCCUACCUCGUCCACGGAGUCGACGUCUACGGCCACCACCCGCAGGAUCUGCUGCGGCGCCAUCCGCCGGCGACAUCGCCCGACGGCAAGCGUGCCUCCUACUUCGUGAACCUGGUACGCCCCCUCACCGCGACGGAUGCAAGAAGAAGCAGGGUCGUGCCGGGGGGGUUCUGGAAGUCGGAGCGCGCCCCCGUCCCCGUCGAAGCCGCCCCCGACAAGAUGAUCGGAACCAAGCAGGCCUUCUCUUUCAUCUCCAAGGAGGCGGAGCACAAGGGUGGACCCCGCGGCGGGUUCAUCAUGCACGAGCUCCUUCUCCCCGGCCAGGCAGGACGCCUCGCCGGCGGGGACGAGCUGGCGCUCUCAAAGGUCUACCCGUCUCCGCGCGUCGCCACCAAGAAGAGGUCCAGGUCCCAGGGACAGGGACCGACCGCCAGCGCAACAAGGACCGCGGCCGCCUCCUCUGCUCCAGCGCCGACGUCUUCGCCGCCGCUGCUCCAGCGCUCCUGCGACGUCUUCAGCAGCGCAAGAAGCAGCAGCGCCGUCUCCUCUCCGCCUCCUUCCCUGGAGCCGCCGGCCUCCUCUGCUCCGCCUUCCCUGGAGGCCUCGUCUCUCGGGCCGGCAUCCUCUGCGCCGGGGCCGGCAUCCUCUUCUCCGCCCCCCAUCCAGGGAUCGUCUCCACGGCACCGGCAGGGUGCCGCCAAGAGGGUGCUCCUCCUGGAGGUGGGCGACUCCCCCCCGAGGGAAGGCCACAACAUUUCGUGCCACCAGGUCUACCGCGCCAUGGAGGUUCUUGGACCCGGGAGGCGUGUCCCCAUCGACUGCGCUGACCUCUUCCUGCUUGACAGCGGGAAGGGGAAGAGGCAGCGGACGGCUGCAGAGUUUUGAGAAAACUCUGUCGCCCCGCCAUGGGCAAAUCUAAACUCUGUUGCUGUGUAACAUUCAGACAAAAAAUUUGAUAGGAAACUUUAGCUGUGAUUCAGUCGUUUUUUGAGAUUCAGUAGUUGCUUUGUUAGAACUUAAUUGAUUGAAAUCCGGCUUAAUCAGUGGCGAUGAUGUUAAAACUUUGGUUUUCUUCUCAAAACAUUCGCUGUUGCCGACUGAAAAUGUGCCUCUGGUGGAAGGUUUGAUGUUAAACUUUGGUUUGAGAGUUCCCAAUGUUUGCAUUUUUCUCCAAAGUUGCUUUGCUUGGAGAAUCAUUACCUUUUGUUAGAUCAUGUUGUUUAGUUUUUGGUUAUGCAUGCUUUGUUGUUAGCUCAAUUUCAGAAAUGCAACUUCCUUGGUUAAUUCAGUCUGUACAUGAAUGCUGGUUAUGUAUUUGUUUCUCCCUUAUUUGUUCUGAGAAGGAGAAUCUGUUUUGAGGUCCAUGUCUUUUUGAAUUUUUGAAAUAGUAAUCGAAAUUUUGAAAUUGAAACAUGGUUGAUAGAGCACAUUCAUAUUAUCUUCAUGAGAUAUAAAUGCCAACUUGCAUUUAUGUACAGACCAAAGACUUUUGGAGGGAGGCACAAAUUCUUUCAAAGUUGCAUCAUCCAAAUGUUGUUGCUUUCUAGGGUGUGGUUCUUGAAUUGAUGGAUCUGGAGGAAAUUAGCAACUGUAUAAUAGGAACAGAACAGUAUCUUACUAUUUUCCCCUUCAAUUUGAAAAAUAGACCAGUCUGUCUUUAUCUGUGUCAGCGCUGUACAAUUAGUAACAAAACUACCCUCUUUUUGUACUUCAGAUAUGUUCUUAAAUGAUUGAGGAACCUAGGCUGAAAUUAGUAUGCUGGAUUAGUGCCUUUGUAAGGAAUCUAGGCCCAUUGCACUUUAAUUCCUCGCAAUUUCUUUGUUUGUGUGUCACCUCUUUGGCUAUGAUCAAGCAACCAAAGUCUUCUGUUGAACAAAAUCAAGCAAAAGCUUGGAUUGAGUGCCCUUUUACCAUGUGUUGUCAUUUUCAUAUAUACUGUCUCUUGCUGCUAUUCUCUGGGCUGUGUGGAAGCACAUGAAUGGUACUCCCCCUGUAAAGAAAUAUAAGAUCACUCCUUUAGUGAUCUAAACGCUCUUAUAUUUCUUUACGGAGGGAGUAGUAUUGUUUUUAAUGGUGCCGUUUGGAUGUCUGAAAAUGGCGCUGGCGCCUGCUCCUCAAGGAUCACAUGUUGAAGAAGAUGGAUCUCCUCUGUCUACAUCUCCAAAACCUGCUGCCAAGAUUGGGUGGACCAAAUCCCCCUGUGCUCAAGUCCAGGAGAGAGGCUGACCAUGUUUUGAUCCUUGUAACAUUUGUUCAACUAGUGUGAGGUUAUAGAGGUUUUAUUCUCUUUUCUAUUACUGAUGUAUUAUGUAUCGAACCUGAUGUUUUUGGGCUUCUUUCUGCUGAAGUAAUGGAGCUCCUCCCUGUUGAUCUAACAAAUA